AUGUCCAAGAAGGGGCCCAGCAGCCGGACACGGGGGGACAAGGCAGAGGCGUUCGCAGCUUUGCAAGCCGCCAAUGAGGAGCUGCGGGCCAAGCUCACCGACAUCCAGAUUGAGCUGCAGCAGGAGAAGAGCAAGGUCAGCCGGGUGGAGCGGGAGAAGAACCAGGAGAUCCGGCAGGCGCGGGAGCACGAGCAGCACAAGAAUGCCGUCCUGCUCACCGAGCUGAAGACCAAGCUGCACGAGGAGAAGAUGAAGGAGUUGCAGGCUGUGCGGGAGGCACUGCUGCGGCAGCACGAGGCUGAGCUGCUGCGGGUCAUCAAGAUCAAGGACAACGAGAACCAGAGGCUGCAGACCCUGCUCAACGCCCUGCGCGAUGGUGCACCCGACAAGGUCAAGACCGUGCUUCUCUCCGAAGCCAAGGAGGAGGCCAAGAAGGGGUUCGAGGUGGAGAAGGUAAAAAUGCAGCAGGAGAUCUCUGAGCUCAGAGGAGCCAAGAAGCAGGUGGAGGAGGCACUGACGAUCGUCAUCCAGGCCGACAAGAUGAAGGCUGCUGAGAUCCGGAGCGUCUACCACCUGCACCAGGAAGAGAUCACCAGGAUCAAGAAGGAGUGUGAGCGUGACAUCCGCAGGCUGAUGGAGGAGAUAAAAUUUAAAGACAGAGCAGUCUUCGUGCUGGAGAGAGAGUUAGGGGUGCAAGCCGGGCACGCUCAGAGACUGCAGCUGCAGAAAGAGGCUCUAGACGAGCAGCUGUCCCAGGCCAGGGAGGCCGACCGGCACCUGGGCAGCCCCAGACGGGAACUUCCUUAUGCAAGCGGUGCAGGAGAUGCCUCAGACCACUCAGGAAGCCCUCAGUUGGACGAAAAGGAUGCCCGGCGCUUCCAGCUGAAAAUCGCUGAGCUGAGCGCCAUCAUCCGAAAGCUGGAAGACCGCAAUGCCCUGCUCUCAGAGGAGAGGAACGAGCUGUUAAAGCGUCUACGAGAGGCUGAAAGCCAGUAUAAGCCGCUGCUGGACAGAAACAAACGCCUCACCCGGAAAAACGAAGACCUGUCGCACGCUUUACGACGGAUGGAAAACAAGCUAAAAUUUGUCACCCAGGAGAACAUAGAAAUGAGACAAAGAGCCGGGAUUAUCAAGAGACCAAGUUCCCUAAAUGACCUUGAUCAAAGUCAGGAUGAAAGAGAAGUGGACUUCUUGAAGCUUCAGAUUGUUGAGCAGCAGAACCUCAUAGAUGAACUUUCCAAGACCCUUGAAACUGCCGGCUAUGUGAAGAGUGUGUUAGAGCGAGAUAAGCUUCUAAGAUAUCGGAAACAAAGAAAGAAAAUGGCAAAACUCCCCAAGCCAGUCGUCGUGGAGACCUUCUUUGGAUAUGACGAAGAAGCUUCCCUGGAGUCAGAUGGUUCAUCCAUCUCUUAUCAAACAGACAGAACGGACCAAACCCCGUGCACCCCCGAAGAUGAUUUGGAGGAGGGUGUGGCCAAGGAGGAGACAGAGCUGCGCUUCCGACAGCUCACCAUGGAGUACCAGGCACUGCAGCGCGCCUACGCCUUGCUGCAGGAGCAGGUCGGAGGGACUCUGGACGCUGAGCGAGAAGUUAAGACCCGUGAGCAGCUACAAGCAGAAGUACUGUGUGCGCAGACACGGAUCGAGGACCUGGAGAAGGCCCUGGCGGAGCAGGGGCAGGACAUGAAGUGGAUUGAAGAGAAGCAAGCCCUGUACCGGAGAAAUCAAGAGCUUGUGGAGAAGAUAAAAGAGAUGGAGACAGAGGAAGCACGGCUGAAACACGAGGUCCAGGAUGCGAAAGACCAAAACGAGCUGCUGGAGUUCCGGAUCCUAGAGCUUGAGGAGAGAGAAAGGAAGUCACCUGCCAUCAACUUCCACCACGUGCCCGUGCCCUUUGUGGACGAUGGGAGGAGCCCUCUGCAGGUGUACUGUGAGGCCGAGGGCGUGACGGACAUACUGGUCUCAGAGCUGAUGAAGAAGCUUGACAUCCUGGGAGAUAACGCCAAUCUGACCAACGAUGAGCAAGUGGUUGUCAUCCAAGCAAGGACCGUCCUGACCUUGGCCGAAAAGGUAAUGGUGACCAUGCACACACUCCAUGAUGGGGUCACCUGGGGAGGGUCAUUCCAGCCCCCUGCCCUGGGAGAUUGGCUCCAGCAGAUCGAAGAGACGGAGUUGGCCCUGCAGAGGAAGAUGGCCGACCUAGAGAGUGAAAAGGAGCUGUUCAGUAAGCAGAAGGGCUACCUGGACGAGGAGCUGGACUACCGCAAGCAGACUCUGGACCAGGCUCACAAGCACAUCCUGGAGCUGGAAGCCAUGCUGUACGACGCUCUGCAGCAGGAGGCCGGGGCCAAGGUGUGCCAGAUGCUGUCAGAGGAGGAGCGUGAGAAGCUCAAGGUCGCCGUGGAGCAGUGGAAGCGCCAGGUCAUGAGUGAGCUGCGGGAGCGUGAUGCCCAGAUCCUGCGGGAGCGCAUGGAGCUGCUGCAGCUGGCACAGCAGAGAAUUAAAGAGUUGGAAGAGAGAAUAGAAGCUCAGAAGAGGCAAAUAAAGGAGCUGGAGGAAAAGUUUCUAUUUUUGUUUUUAUUUUUCUCCCUAGCUUUCAUUCUCUGGUCAUAG